AUGCCUAGUCAGCGUUCCCUCUGUGUCCCUCCAAGAAAUGAUGCAGAUCAUCGGAAUGAUGACCUUGGUUCGCAGGGUAGUUCCCCCAGGCCGCGUUACGCAGUUGCCCGGUGCAGCACACUUGGUCUCAACACCGGGCUAACUUACAGGAACUGGAGAGGCAAAAUACUAAAUAUUAAUUUAAAAGCAGCUAUGCAUGUGGGGCAGAUUGUGGCUCGUAGUAUGAUAUCAAAAGGAACUGGUGGAAACAUAGUCAACAUAUCGAGCCAAGCUUCAUUGAUGGCUUUCAAAAGUUUCGCAGCUUACGGUGCUUCAAAAGCUGCACUCGAUAUGCUCACAAAGACAAUGGCACUAGAACUGGCAACCCAUAAAAUUCGAGUCAAUUCUGUAAACCCUACUGUGGUGCUAACAGAAUUAGGUAAACGUUCCUGGUCGGAUCCUGUUAGGUCAGAAGUUAUGAUGAGUCGUAUUCCAAUGAACAAGUUUGCAGAGGUGAAAGAUGUUGUCAACGCUGUUGUUUAUCUUUUGAGUGACAAAGCUGACAUGAUUACUGGUACUUGUUUACCAAUUGAAGGUGGAUUCGUUACAGCGGGAGUUUGA